AUGCUGAAGAUGAGCUGGAAAAGUUGGAGAAGGAGCUUGGGGAGGGGUCGGGAUCUGGAGCAACUGUCGUGCUUUGUGAAGGACACUACCCUACUGGACAGUCAGUCUUUCCUCCUCAACAGUCAUCUUCAGGAUGCUGUCGAUGACCAAAAUGAAGCAAUUAGGAAAAUGGAGGAAAGGAUUAAGGACGAUGAAUUAAAAGUGAAGGACAAGGAUGAAAUGAUUGGGAAGCUAGAAGAUCUUCUGAAAUCUGUUGAAGCAAGCCGAAAGGAUACAGAGAAUGCUUUACAAGAUACGGAAGAUCAGUUACUGAAAGAGAAGACUAAAGGUGAUAUACGGGACAAAACUAUCAAAGGUCUUCACACUGUUAUCACUGCAAAAGCCAAAGAGAUGGAAGGUCUUGUGGAGAAAUUGAGGGCACGAGAUGAGGAGAUGAAGAAAAUGCAAGAAGAGUUUCAGGAUGCAGCAGUACAGCGACAGAAGGAGUUAGAUCGCCAACAUGAAGAGAUCAACAUGUUGGAGCAGAGAGAGGCCAGUGCAAAGGUUCGCCUGACAGAACAAGAAAAUGAACUUGAGAACCUGAUGCGGUCACUUGGUCGUAAGGAGGGAGAAUUAGAGGGUUUCAAAGAGCUGCUCAGUAAGGCACAGAAUGCUUUGCAACAGAGUGAGGAUGCUGUAGAGGUUCUACAAGACCAACUAAAGAAGGAUCGAGUGCAGUCGAAUCCCUCAUCAGCUCACAGUAGCCCAGUCAAACACUACAAGGACAUGCUGGACGAAUCACAGAAGCUAGUUAACGAAAAGGACAACACUAUCCACCAGCUAAAUGAUGCAUUGAAAGAUAAGGAAAAACAACUACGCACAUGUAUGGGUAUCUUCGAUACACCACAGGAGGUAGCCAGUGGUGAAAUGAUGGACAAACUGACCAGACAACUGAAGGAGAGUGACCUUGCACUAGCUAGGGCAUUAGAUGAACAUACAAAGGUGGUCACAGAGAAAGAAAAGAAGUUUGAGGAGUUAAAGCUGGCCCUGAGUGACAAGGAGGCAGACAUUGCCAGGGCUAAUAAGAUGCUCAUUACUGCAGAGGACACCAUUGAUUGUUUGGAGAAGGCAAACAAGGAGAAAGAAAACAGUUUGAGCAAAGCCACAGACAGAAUGAAAGCUGCUGAACAAGCAUUAGAGGAUGCCAAGCAGAGUUACAGACAGGCUCUAGCAGAAAAGGAUUCUAUCAUUGGUCGUCUUCAGGACUCUAUUGGGGACAAGGAAGCUCUUCUCAAGGAAACAAUGAAGAGAGCCCCAAUGACAACAGAUGAGGUCAUGGACUUAAAGAAAACACUUCAGAACAAGGACCGUGCUUUACAGGACAUGAUCGAUGAGAAAGACAAGACACUGACAGCCAAUGCUGAGUGUGUGAACAGCCUGCUGAAGAAACUGCAGUCCAGAGAGGCAGAGCUUGGUCAGAUUAGUGACAAGCAUAAGAAGGACAUUGCCAAUAUGGAGCAAGAGAUGGAGAAAAUGGCUGGAGAUUUGAGAAAGAUGGAGAUGGAGCUGAGAAGAAAACAGAAUGAGCUACAGUCUGCUGAUAGCCAGGCCAGUUGGUCACACCAGCAAAGUCAGGACGUUUUGGAUAAAUUACGAGCUGUCAUCUCAGACAAAGACAAAACUGUCAGUACGCUGCUGGACAGUGUUCAGGAGAAGGAUAAAUUGAAUGGACAGCUGAGACAAGACCUUCAGAGCAAGGAUGAUUUGGUGGAUAAGCUUCAGGUGCUCUUACGUCAGUCUCAGACAGGCUCUAGUGCAGACCUCAGUAACAAACUUCAGGACCUACAGAUAGAGCUGGCUGUAAAAUCUGAGGGGUUGAGGAACGCCAGACGAACUGAAGAAGACCUGCGAGAGCAGAUUCAGGAACUGAAAAAGAAGUUUGAUAGUGUACCCAAAGGUGAUCGUGAGUACCACACACUUGAGAAAGAAAUAUACUACCUCAAGGACAAGCUGGAGGGUCAUGGAUGGACUCCAACGGGCAGUAGUCCAGGGCAACGAGGGUCAGUAGGAGACACUAGUGCUGCUGGUCAGCAGGACCUGCUGCAGGAGACUUUAGAAGCCCAGUUGGAGGAGCUACGGAUGUUAAAUGCAGCAGUGAAGAGAGAGCAACAUCUAUUGGAGGGUAUACGAGACAAAAGUCAGGAGAGUGACCACUCACAUUCAGUGGAUGAGGAACUAGCCGCUGUGCGGACCCUGAGGAGGGAGUUGGAAGAUGGUGUACAGCACAACCAUGAAAUGAGGACUAUCCUAGAGAGGCAAAUGAAAGAAAUUCCUACCAAAGAAUCUUCUCAAGAAAAUGUGGAAGACUUAAAGAAAACCCUGAAUUUCCUGAAGCUAGAACUGGAAACUAGUAAGCUCAACAACAGGUUUCUACAGUCAAAAAAUGACCUGCAAACGAGGCAACGGGUAGAGGGAGAGGGUAGAGCUGAAUCUUAUCACCAGGGGGCACAAACUUCACCAUUAACAGCAUCAUGGAGUCCAGGUAACAAACGGAGUCCUUCACCUAUUGAUGCAAAUAUUCAGCUUAAUCGCCAGACCCUGUCUGACAUGUCUGCUCCAAUGCUGCGCAAAGUGAUUCGGCAGCUGCAGCAGCAACUCAGUCAGGAGGAGAAAGAGAAUGCAGAGCUUCGCAGAAAACUUGCAACAAUGGGCGAUGUACGCAACAUUCCAGGAAAGAAUGAUGAUGAUGAAAACAGCAUACCAUAUCUCCGCUCAGAGAUUGAAAGGCUAGAAAGUGAACAGAGGAGGAAGGAAAGAGUAAUUGGUGAAUUACAGGCUCAAUUAGGUUCAUACGAACCAGAUAAUAGUUCAAGUAAUAUAACAGAUCUUAAAAAUGAAAUUAAAAAGUUGACACUUCAGUUAGAUCACACACAGGAAGUGAAUUCAAUGUUGAAACGACAGCUGACAUUAAAUGCUCAGAGUAAAGGAAGUGACUUUGACCCAGAAGUUAUUGUACAGAUGUCAGGUGAAAUACAAAAACUUCGGUUAGAAAAUGACAGGGCUAAGCGUGAAGGUUCCAUGUCCUCCCAUACAUCAGAACCUUGUGCUUCAGCAAGUGCUUCCUCAGUAUUUGAUGAUAAUUCAUUAAAGAAUCGUUCCCUUAAGAAAGGCAGCCAAAUUCCUCGACCAAGAUUUGGAAGUACACCAGUUGUAGGGGAUAUCUCAGCUGUAAACCAGCCAGAAACUCUGAAAACACUUCUAAUGGAAUCCAAAAAGCGCAUUUCUAACCUGGAAGACAAGCUGAAGGCCACAGAGGCCACGGUCCGACAUCAGACACAAAAGAUGAAGUAUUACAAAGGCCUCCUGGAGGAUCAUGGAUUAAUCAACCGCAGUCCGAUAUGUAGCAGAUCUAGUAGUGAGAGCAACCUAGCAACACUUUCCAGUAAGAUUCCCAUACGCAAACGUUCUGUAUCCCAGGAAAAUUUACCGUCAGGUGUGGUGUCCCUCGAUUCUGCAAUUGGCUCUGACUAUGGUGGUGUGAUGGACACAGUAUUUGAGAAGUUUGGUAAAACCGAUGAUACAGACACUUUAAAGGAUCAGGUGACUCAGCUUAGAGAACUUCUCAUCCGACAAAGCAUAGACAUCAAAUCUUUGAGAGACAGAUUAGAAAAGGAAAAUCAACAACGUGAAGCAGGUUACCAGGACCAGAACGCUCAGACAUUACACAGUUUGGACGACACGUUAGUUUCACGUGACACACUACAAGACCUGCAUCAACAAAUGGAUUCACUCCAGCGACAUCUGCAGGAGACUCAGGACACUAAUGCAGAGCUUCAGCACAAACUUCUGCAACAACGACACAACAACUCAGACUUUUUAAACCAACAACUCCAAGACAGUCACACCAAGAUAGCUGCCCUUGAGGAAAAGGUUGCAUCCUUCCAGAAUUCAUCUGUUCAUGAAAUAUUGGAGUCACAAAAAUCUGAGAUCACAAUGUUGAAGAAAAGAUUCUCAGAUACACAGAACUCUUGUACUCAGCUAAACUACUGGCUGGAGGAGUUAAGUACGUUUCUCACUGAACUGGUGUAUGUGGAUCAGGAUGGAGAUUGCAACCAGGUUCGGGGAAUGAAACACAAGGUUGAUUUGUCAAAGACAAUUGUACGCAACAUGUCUACAUGUCUUAUAGAUUCCUUUGACACCACUUAUGAUGUGACCUCAGAACAACCCCAAACUGAUGAGAACAAAGGAUUGGUCGCUGACAAUGAGGCAUUGCGUAGGAGCGAGAAAAGUCUAACAGAAGGGCUACGUCAGAAAAACUUGGAGGUGGAAAAGCUGACCAAUGAACUACGCAAGAAGAACAUGUUUGUUGACCAGUUACAUCAGGAGCUGCUUCACUUCCAUCAAAUGAACAGGAAGUCUGAAUCCCCUAAAUCCUCAUCUACUGCCAGUAGUGCUGACGGAAAUGUCAACCCAAGUGGAAAAUUAUCCAGGGAAACACAGGACCUUCCUAAUAAGUCUCCGAACCAUUCUCAGCUCUCUGAACAAGCUAGUCAGUUCAGCAACGUUAGAUCGCCAGAACGAAUGCGUCACAUGACUGGAAGCAGUUUGACAGAUGGCAGCCAUCUUAGAUUAGACAGAACACAGGAUGGUAUUGGGAUUAUUGAGGACAUGGCUGAUUCUAGUCAGGGAUCAACCGGCUACCAUUCUUCUCGUCUUUCUGGAGAUGAUUUUAUAUCAGCACCUGGUCAUGUACACAGUACAAGUGGGUCAGACAAGGAACAUUCUUCAAUUUAUAUAAGUGCAUUUGAUACAGAUGAAAAACUUAUGUACAACAGGCGUUUAGCAGACAGUCAGGUGUAUGAUAAUACACUAACGCCACCUGUGUUCAAGUUGAAUGGUGAUACUUCUCUGCCAACAAAGAUACCAAAAGCGUCUGAUGGUCGUCAUGUUGAAUUCAGUAUUUUAGAUAAGUCUGGGAAGGAAGAUGGCGAAGUGGAAUCAUUACGUGCUCGACUGAGUGCUGUUGAAGAUCUUAACAAAACUCUAAAGGAUGAACUGAAUGUGUAUGAAAACUUGUGCACUUCCAUUGGGGUUCAAAGUUCACCUGUUAAAAUGUCGCCUCGCUCAAAGAGCAAACAAGACACUGAUACUGACCUCCUGCGUCAACAUCUUGCAGAAAUCCGUGAAUUACGAAUAAAGUUAGAGCAUUCUGUUAAGGAUAGUGACCGAUUAAGACAUCAGUUAGAACUGGACAUGGAUGGACACAAGGUUACAUCAGAUUCCACCCAAAAUGUAUACAUGUACAGUAAGCAGCAGACAACAAUCACUGAACUACAGCAGACAAUUCAUCAGCUGCAGCAGCAGCUAAAGCAGAACCAGGCAACUGUUCGUGAUAAGAUCAUCACAAUCCAGGAGAGGGAGUGGACCAUCCAUAAACUACAGCAGGAACUCUCCAACAUCCCACAGCAACAGCACGAUCGCAGCACCAAAACACAGACACCGGAGAAGGAUAUCUCGAUCCGUGAGUGGCACGAGAAAAUUCGCAGUCAGGAACAGACGUGUGUGGUACAGCAACGGCGGAUAGAGCAGCAGGACAAUCUACUGGAACAACUUCGCAAAAAGUUACAGCUACAAGAACACAGUCUCCACCAGCAGGAGACCAAGCUUAAAGAGAUGUAUGAGGUGGGACAACGUAAAGAACAAACCAUGCAGGACAAAGAUAAUAUGAUUCUACAGCGGGGCAAGCAAAUCAGCCAACUGGAACAGUCCACUGAGCGUAUGGAAAAGGAAAUUUCUCAACUAGAAGAUUGCAUGAAGAAUCAGAAAGAACUGAUUCAUCAGAAGGAAAGUUGUAUAAAAACAAUGAAAGAGGAAUUACAGAAACAGGAUGAUACCAUUCAGCAACAGGGGGAUGUUGUCAAGCAGAAGGAAGAUACCAUCAGGAAACUGAAGGAUGAAAUACAAAAGAAAGUAGACAUUGUCAAGCAGCAAGGGGAGAUUUUAUCUGAAAGAGAGACUGCCAUGCAGUCCUUAAGUCGUGUAGUGAAGGAACAGGCAGAACACAUGCGUCACAAAGAUAAUACAAUUCUCAAGUAUGAUAAGCAAGUCCAAUCACUCAGUGAGAAGGUGAAACAGCUAGGUCAGUUGAAGGCAGAGAAGGAUGAAGCUAACAAACGUCUGGUACAGAGGAAUGAGAUUCUAGAUCAGGACAACUGUAAACUAGUAGAACAAAACAGCAGCCUUGACACCCAGCUCAAGCACAGCAACAAGGAAGUUGACAGACUGAAGCAGGAGAUGAAUACAAUGUUAGAGAAAGCUCAAGAGAACCAAGACUUAAACAAGACUCUCAAACUGGAACUAAGCGUGUAUGAAAAACUGCAAGCUGAAGACAACAGCAAUAAACCUCUGGGAGGUUUUGACAUCCGGGAACUCCUGACAGAGAUCCGACAUCUCCGUGUCCAACUGGAGAGAUGCAUCGAUACUAACAAUGCCCUCCGACAGAAACUUGAGGAACACCUGCUACACCAAGCAAGUCCUAGACAAGUCACCACUACAACCACCAAUAUCUUCACAGUGAAGGACAGCAGUCCUACACGCUCUAAUGGAACUGAUGCACCAGAUGGUCAGCCCAGUCCAGAAAGACCUCAUGUUAAUGGAGCACUGGCCAUUAGACGUGUUCAGAGCCAUCAUGCUCCCAUGGGGUCAAGGUCAAACAGUGGGUCAUGUGCUUCCAGUGGUAGUGAUACCAUGUCAAUCUCCUGCCCAAGUGACACACCCUCUUUAUCAGGCUUUGGUAUAUCAACAUGGCCACCCAUGUGUUCAGAAAGUGUCAUGCUCAGCCAACAGAGGGAGUUGUGUGUAUCUCAGUCUUCACCAGGUGGCACUCUGCACCAGUCGCUUGUUGACAUGUCUAAAUUUGGAUGUACCUCACGGCCAGUGAUGUCUGAAGGAAAUUUAUCCUACUAUGUAGACGACCCCCCUAGUUCUGUUGCAGAUCUGACAGGUAUCAAAGUAGACUCAGAUCUACGGUGUUUAUUUGCUGUUGGAAAACUUGACGAUUAUGAAAAACUGAAAAAGGAAAACUGUGAGACGUUGUCGGUGUUGAAGGGCAUUGAGGCCCGAAUCAAAGAAAGACUGCGAGUCUUCAAAACCAUGCCAACCUCUGAGCUGAUUAAGAGUGUGGAAUACAGUACCCUGAAGGAACUUUCCCUGAGCUCUGAAAACCUUCGCAUCUGUCUCGAUGAGGAGAAAUCUCUCAUUAGUUGUUUCUGGACAACCCAGCUCCCUAAAAGUGGCAGUGACACCAAAGCUGUCGCUGAGAACAAAGUCCUUCGUGCUGAACUGUUUGCUCUCCAGUCCAAAUACGACCUAAUGGUUAAAAUGGUACAGGACGCAGAGGCACGGCUUCAUACCAGUAACAAACAGAAACAGAGUAUGGAGGAGAUCAUACAUCGACAAUUGAAAAAGACCACGAAAGUGGCAGCCAAAGCGAGGACUAACUUUGAGAAAGAUGUGCCAAGACACAGUGUUGGACAGCUUGUGGCACUCACUAGAGACAAACCAUCAAGAGAUAUGGACACAGAUAGUGAAAUGAGUUUCAGCUGAUAAAUAUCUAUGUCCUGAAGUGACAAUUUCCAUGUCAGAACAUCAUGAUGUGUGUUUGGUAACUACUUGUUUUCUGUGUAGUCAGAUAAUAACAAGCUUGCUUUUGAGCUCUUUUGGUUUGUAAGAUCUCAGGAGCUAGUGUUAAUUUAUACAGUGUUGUAAACUACACAGACGAGCAUACUACUGGACACAGAUGUCAUCUCACAGUGAAUGGAAUUACAUACAGUGACUGACUGCUGUUGUAAGCAUUGAUAAAUAUGUAACUAGACCAAUAUAGUCAAGUUACACUUAUUGACUGCUGUUGUACACUACACGGAUAAACCUGAGCUCAAAGGCACUGAUGUUUGUGGUCAUCGAAUUUAGAGGUCACUGUUGUUGAUCAAAGUCAUAAUAUUGUUUUGUUACAUACAUUUACUGCAGUUGUUUAUUAAAGUUAAUGGUAUGGGCUAGGUGUCAUUAUACAUACAGUUUAUCCAUGUGUAAGUAUCUGUAUGUACCAAUACAUACACCUGUAUAUGUGUCAAUUUGUAUGUAUACAUACACCUGUAUGUGUGUCAGUCUGUAUGGAUACAUACACCUGUAUGUGUGUCAGUCUGUAUGUAUACAUACACCUGUAUAUGUGUCAGUUUGUAUGUAUACAUACACCUGUAUGUGUGACAGUUUGUAUGUAUACAUACAGUCCUGUCACAGUUAACCGCCCAGGUAUCAUUAUAUAUAUGUUUUAGCAUAUCCUACAUGUGUGUAUCAGUAAAUAUGUGUUGGUUUGUAUGUACAGUCUUGUCUGUACUUACAAGCCAGUGGCAGGUUGAGUCCACUGUUACAGAUACAGAUUCAUUAACCCAUUUCCUAACUUUGAGAUAAGGACCUUGUUUACAGAUUUCCUAAUGAUGUUGUUGAUAGGUCUUGGCUAUAUGGCUUUUUUUUUUUAACUGUAUUGCGAGUCAGAGCAUUACAUAUGAAAAGCCAUUUUGUAUAAUUUUUGGUAAUUGGGUACAUUGAAGACUUCAUCAGAGUCAAAAUAUUGUCGCAAGAAAAUGAACUUCAUAUUGUUUGUAUAAAAAUGUUUUUGAUUUCUUAAAUAUUGACAAAAAUGCAAUAGCCAGAGAUCAACAUCAUAGAAAUAAAAUUCAUGUCUUUCAAUUAACAUCCACUUUUCUUGCCAUCAUAUUCAUUGCUCACUUAUCUAGAGACUUGUAACAAAAUCUGUCAUUUAUGAUGUCAGUGUCAUACCUGAACAAAUAUUCAGCAUCAACGUAUUUCCUGCGUGAAAGAGUAAAAGACUUUGAUUGUUUUACAGGGAAUAUAUCUGUUGGUGUAAAAAGUUUAAUGUAUUGAUGUUGAAGUGUCAACAAGUGUUGGACCAUACAAUAUCUCUUGUUGUCUGUUUUAUCAUGAAACCAUCCACCCCUUCACAUCUCUGUGUUUGGUUAUGUCACUAACAGGUCUACAUCAUGUGUUUGAUGAUAUGGCUACAUCAAAUCAGGCUUGAAAUCAGCCGUUAGUUUUCCACCUUACAUCCUGAUUUCUGUUCACAUCCUUGCAUGUUGCAUUUUCGUACAUUUUCGUCAUUUGAUUUAGAUGUUCUGCACAUAGUUGUAUCUUAAUUGACCAAGUUCUGUGUACAAGUUUCCCAGUGGUGUAAAACUGAUAGCUUUUGAGACAAAGAAAGUUCCUUGUACAUAUUGCCUAUUCAUGGCUGGAACUGGGGAAACAUUGGUCAUUACUGGUGCAUUUUGAUCAGUUGUGUGCUGUAUCCAUGGUUUUCAUUGUCCAUACCAUCCUGGCACUAAAAGAAGCCAAAAUUUAACAUCCAUUACUUCUAUUGUGCAACUGUAAGGAUUUGUGAUGAACAGAUCAAUCCUAGAAGCCCUUGCUCAUUUAACAAAGUCAUGCUUUAGACAAUGAUAUGAAAAAGAGAAAAUCUUCCAUAGUUAGUCUUCCUGAUGUAAAUAUCUCAAAACGGCUAUUAUGCCAAAACAAACAUCAAAUAUCUUGCCACACCAUUCUUUCUGAUUAACCUUAUGUGAUGGCCUUGCUGUCUUACUCUUUAUCUCCCAUGUCUGAAAGUCUAUAUAACAAAGUUACACAUCUGACUGUCCAUGUAACAAGGACAAUGUCGCACGUCUGACCGUCCAUGUAACAAGGACAAAGUCGCAUGUCUGACCGUCCAUGAACAAGGACAAAGUCGCAUGUCUGACCGUUUAUGUAACAAGGACAAAGUCACAUGUCUAACCGUCCAUGUAACAAGGACAAAUUGGUCAGACUACAGUAGCUAUACUACAUACCAGGCAAAUUUCAUUCAUUUACUAUUAGUGAUAACUCAUGGUCAUUGUUGAAACAAAUUCACCUUUAUGGAAAGGUUGGAACCUCAAGUUUGGUUUCACUGUUGUAAUAAAUUCAGCUAUUUGAUAAUUUAAACGUGUGUUAAGUUCAACCUUAAGAAUAGGGUAAAACUCCAAUUGUGGUUUCAUUAUUGUUGUAAUUUUACCCUUACAAUAAGGCAGAAACUUCAAAUGUCCUGAACUUUUCCUGGUAUGUCUGAUUCUGUAUAUGAUCUCAGUGAAGAUGUACUGUACAGAAAGGGACCAAACAAUCAUCGUCUUUAUCAUUUCUGAAUCUACUAUAGUAUUUAUUAUUAAAAGUUGUCUAAUCAAAAGUUUUGUUGUAUAUUUUUCAUUAUACAAACUGAUGUUUAACCAGAAUUUGUUUGUAAGAUAUGUUUUAGCUUUUACAAAGACUUUUAAUGAUUGCUGUUGUCACUGAACUUUUAAUUCACAUUAUAAAGGAUGUGGAUUUGGAAGGUUAUUCCUUCUGUAAGGGUACACUAUGUAGUGCUGUAUAAAUAAAAUACUGAUAUGUGUGCUGAACAAUAAAGGAUUCUAAUGUUAAACAAAACCAUGUGCUGAGAUUUACUAAAUACAAGAAUGUGCUGAGAAUUAUACUAUAUUGCAUGUAUCCUAUUUUGUACAGACGUCUAAUGUUAAAUGCACUCUUUUGUUGAGAUGUUGGUUAUGAGGAAGGUACUGGUAACCACCAUUGUAUUGUGGAGACUGGUUAUGAGGAAGGUACUGGUAACCACCAUUGUAUUGUGGAGACUGGUUAUGAUGAGGGUACUGGUAACCACCAUUGUAUUGUGGAGACUGGUUAUGAUGAGGGUACUGGUAACCACCAUUGUAUUGUGGAGACUGGUUAUGAUGAAGGUACUGGUAACCACUGGAGGGUUUUGGUAACCACUGUUGUGAAGUGGAAACAAGUUAUGAAGAGGGUACAGAUUAAUUACUUUGAUAUUGUGGGGAGAUGUUUAAAGGACAAUACAGGUAACUGCUUUUGUAUUGUGGGGAGAUGUUAGGAGGAGGGUACAGGUUAACUACUUUUGUAUUGUGGGGAGAUGUUUAAAGGACAAUACAGGUUAACUGCUUUUGUAUUGUGGGGAGAUGUUAGGAGGAGGGUACAGGUUAACUACUUUUGUAUUGUGGGGAGAUGUUAGGAGGAGGGUACAGGUUAACUGCUUUUGUAUUGCGGGGAUAUGUUAUUAUGAAAGUACUGCUACAUGUUACCUAUAUUAUGGACAUGUGGUUUAGAGAAUGUAAACACCAUUGUAUAAGACAAUUUGAUUAUUUAUUGUCAAAGUUUCUACUGAUUUGACAUCGACAUCAUACACAUCACAUUCACUUAAUUAUCGACAAUAAAAUGUCAAGAUGAA